CCAGCAAUCUCGCCAACGCAGCCUGCGGCUGCACCGAUUUGUCUCUCGCUCGACCAGCUCGCUUCUCUCGAUACCGCUGCCGACGAUGAUCUCUGAGGGCGAUUCAGCAUCGGCUUCCGUUGGCUCCACGCUGGUUCUGGUGACGGUGAACGGCCAUAAAGCAUUCCACAGCGAUUUCGACAACUUUGUCGAUGCUAUCAAGUCUCAGUUCUUUGGACUCGAGUUUGGCAACUCGUCGGCCAGAGACAAAGUCUUUGUGCUGCAGAGCAAAGCCAACGAGAGCUUCGCCACGAUGGACGGCCUGCCCAAGUUGGCCCACCGGCUCGCCAGCGAAAUCCAUCAAUGGGUUCGCGAUUCGGUCCUGCCCAAGAUCGACGUCCCCACGGACCUCUACUUCUCGCUGGUGGGCCAUUCACUCGGAGGGCUUAUCAUUCGCGUAGCCCUGCCGCAUCUCUUUGGCCUCUCCACCUCGAGCUCCGUCGACACGCUUUCGCUCAUCGACCUGGUCCAGGCCAACCCAAACGUGUGCUCCUUCAAUCCGACCUCGUACAUGAGCAUAUGUACCCCGCAUCUCGGCUCGCGGAGAACUGACGGAAACGGCGCCUGGAAUUACAUUUUCCACUCUGGCAUCGAGCUUACGUGCAACUUGUUGAUGGGCCGCACGGGGAAGGAGCUUCUGCUGCUCGACAAUCCAAGCGAACGAACCUCCAGCAUGAGUCUCCAGCAAUGGCUUCCUCAACUUCCUCAGCUUUCAAGCUCGGCCAUCUUUACUGCCGAUGGGCUCGAUUCAGAGGGGACCAAACAGCCCAUUAUUCGACGGCUUACGGCCCUGGUUUCUCCCUCGGGAGUAUCACCGCCCUCAACCGUGUCUCAGAACGAAAGUGGUGCCUCCGCCGAGGAUUCGCGGGCAAGGGACGAGGCCAGUUACAAAGGAAUUCUGAAGGGAUUUCCAACCAUUCCGGUAGGCGUGUAUUGUACACUUUGCUGAACCAGCUGGAUCGCUGCGGAUGCGCAUUUCGAGUCCAUCGACGGGAUCUAUGAGGCCUGUCAUUGGUCUUGCAGUUGGUACAUGCAUGUCACUCGCCACUAAAGCAGCCGCAUUCCAUUCA